AUGGGUGGAGACGUUGGAAAGAAACGAAGGCGCAAUGGCAACCGUAAUCGCCACGACCGCAACAAGUUUCGCAGGACCAUAAACUCGACGCAACACCGAAAGGAUCUGGGAUACGGGCUGCAAGGAAUUCUCAUCAGUUGCACUCCUCGUCAUGAAAACCACGCAUUCCGGGAGGCCGUCAUCAUGCUUGGGAAGUAUUGCGAGAACAGUGGCGAAGGGAAAGCGGAUGAUAUUUCUGCAGCCGCGCACCAUAGUGGCGGUGAAAACCAAAAAGAAGCCCCGGAAAAGAAGGAGGGAGAAGGGACGAAAGGAGACUCUGAGAACAAAGAGGGAGAAGGGACGAAAGGAGACACAAAGAAAAAAGAAGAAGAGGGGAUUAAAGGAAACUCUGAAAAUGGAGAAGAAGAUCUCUCAAAGGCUUUACAGGCUGAGCUAAAAGAGAUUCGAGACCCCAAGCAAAGACUUUUCACUCGCAUUGAUGGCGGAGUCAACGGAUGCAUCUUUAUUCAAAUCAAUCGACCCCACGUUGACUUAGAGAAUGUAGUAGAGUGUGCACUGAAGGAUGCACGUGCUUCUGGGUCGCCAAAUUCGAGGCAUUGCAUCCGAAUUAUGCCUAUCCACAGCACUUGCUAUGCGAAGCCGGAAGAUGCCGCGAAAGCCGCAGUGGAGAUUGUCAAGAAGCAUUUCCCGCCUAUGGUGGCAGAAGGCAAACCUGUUUCCUAUGCUAUAUCAUUCAGGUCAAGACUGAACACGAGCGCACACCGAGAGGAAUUUAUAAAAGUUAUCGCAAAAGCAAUUGAGGAGUGCGAACCGCGAUAUAAGGUUAAUUUAACUUCUCCUGAUGUCACCUUAAUAGUCGAGGUUAUGAAGACGUCAUGCUGCAUCGGGACUUUCAGGCACUACUACCAACUUGCAAAAAUGAAUCUGAGAGAAGCCGCGUGUCCCUCAAAACCGAAGGAGGAAAAGGAGAAACAAGAUAAGGAGAAAAGCCUUUUGAAUGCCACAGAAGCCUCUAAAGGUAUCGCCAGCGAAAGUGGUGCUGCAAAUGACACUGAAAACUCUGUACUUGCGCCCCAGAAUGUAGAAGGUUUGAAAAAAGAAGCGGAUGGGAUGGAGAAUCCGCACACGGAAGGCAGAAGUAGAAGUCCGAAGCUAGCCCCUGAAUCUUCAAACCAAGCACCCGCAGAUCAGAGCCACCCUACCACUCCGAAAACCAAUACUACGAUUGGGGUUAAAGCAAAACUUUCAAGUGGUAAUGAAGCUGCUCCGGCGACAGCCCCCCCGGAGGGCACUAACACAGCAGACGGUGCGCAAUCCGGAUCUGGGACCAGAGAUGCAAAUACAUAGGAGGCCCCUUGUCAUGCUAAUUGCAUUGGUUCACUCUUCGGGAGAAUCCUCAGGAAUAACUGGUCUUGUCGUGUUUAUAAAAAUCUACUUCUACAGUAUCAUA